CAAACAUUGAAUUGCUGACUUGCGUAUGACACAGAAAUCUAUUUCAGGCAUUGAUACAUUCAUAAACUUGAAAGUAAAAUUAAACAGUCUGUGUUGAAAUUUACUUCAUAUAAUCAUGGCGAAUAACGAAGUUAUUGGACGGUGUUGUCUCCUUAACUGUGACAGAGAACCAAUUCUGGUAACAGACGGGCGUACUGAUGUAAGGGCAUACUGCGUCGAUAAGAAUGAACAGAAAGAAUUCAAAGUAAAUUGGGGUGAUGAUGGAAUGGCUAUGUUCCAUAUCGACUGUUGGAAUACAUUGUGGAGAUCGGCAUGUGCUAAGAAUCCAGCCAGCACGGUCUUGGUCCUAUCGGAAAUGGAGAAGGACAUGAUUAGAGAAGCCGCCAAGACAGCAGAAACUCACCAUUCUCUUACAAAAAUCAAGGAGGAGGCUGAAAGAAUUGCCCAGUUAAUAAACAAGUCAAACUUCUGCAUUGCCUUCACCGGUGCUGGUAUUUCGACAGCAGCCGGGAUCGGUGAUUUUCGAGGAAUUCAUGGAAAGUGGACCACACAAGCUAAAGUCAAACAAUAUGGCCAAAGGGGAUUAUCGAAGCAGAGGGGAUUUAGCCUCGUGGACCUACGUCCUACCUACACACACGAAGCCUUACUCAAACUUCUGGAGAUUGGACAUAUGAAAUAUGUAAUCAGUCAAAACACAGACGGCUUGCACAGACUAUCGGGAAUACCAGAAUCGCAGAUAUCCGAGUUACACGGUAAUGCGUUCCUGGAAAAAUGCGAGAAAUGUGGAAAACGUUAUGAAAAAAAUGUCCGCUACAGGCCACAAUCCACUGCUGUGCCACCGAAGAAGUGUGAGAGAUGUGGCAUAAACCACCGAACAGGGGGCGUCUGUUCAGAUGAGAGUUGUGGAGGUUACCUCAUGAAUACUAUUAUCAAUUUUGGGGACUACCUGGAGGAAGAUGUCUUGGAAAACGCAAUGCUCAACGCUAAACGAGCAGACCUUGUCAUAGCUCUCGGAUCCACACUUCAAGUUUCUCCUGCGAAUUCCUUGGUAGAAAUGGGACAAAAACCAACUCGACUCGUUAUUUGUAACAGACAAAAAACUCUGUAUGAUUCCGUUUGUUGUGAGAUGGACGAGGACGGAACGUCAACAUUAGGGUCACGUGUUUUUGGAGAUUGUGAUAAGCUGAUGUCAGAGGUCAUGAAACAUGUCCUCCCAAAAGAAGAACUGCAAGAUUGGGAAGCAAGACGCGAGGAAAGACUCGUCUCUUACGACAUGAAACGCAAGCUAUAGACAUUUACAUGUAUCUGCAUGGUCUCUUACGACAUGAAACGCAAACAGUAGACAUAAAUUUGGACUAAAAUCAUGAAAAUAAAGAUUUUAGAAGGAACAUUCCAGUAUUACUGUUGAAAUUAUGUUUUUUGGUUUGUAGUUUAAAAAAGUAUAAAAAUUAGAUUUUACAUUUAGAAAUGUGUGCAUUGUCGUUUCUUUGUUUUUGUUUGAAAUGUAAACUAAAGGUAUAAUGACGUUAAAAAACUACGUUUACAUUUAUUAGUUGAGAGUAUGGCAGACAGCAAUGAGAAGUCAUAUGUGAAUAAAAUUGAAAGUUUUUGUUUAAAGAAUGUUGAUAUUAAAUGCACAGUUUAUACUUUCAUCUUUUAUGCUCAUAAUUUGUUUGACAUAUUUGUUUAUAUUAAAAUUACAAUUUUUCAAAAA